AUGGGUUUCUUCAGAGCAGUUGUCCAUGAUGAUCCACGGAUUAAGCACCUGCAAACUGUGCACGCUAACAUCCCAGACAGCAUCCUUCCGGGAAACUCGAAGAAUCACUUUGGGAGCUUCGCACAGAGUUCAAAGAAGGUCGAGCUGUACGGUAGUACAGAAGCAGCGCUGAAUAAUGCAUUGGAAGUCGCAUUUGCAGAGGGAGCCGCGAAGAGUCUGCAGUGUGCACCUUGUCCGUUUGAGUUCCAGGAGCGCGGGCCUGGCGUCGUUGCUGAUUCAGUAAUUUUCGUGUCUCGCACUCGAAGCUAA